ACGAACGGACCGCGCGCGCGUGAGCGACGGCAGGCGGAUGAACUGAAGCGCGACUAGGGUAAAACGGGGUCCCAAAACGACGAGCGUGAGAGGAGUGCGGCAUGGGAAUGAACUCGCGAAGCCAGUGCCUUUUGAAAAUGGCUUCGGCAUGUGCCAGUGAACCAUGCGCGCGCCAACCAAUUCAUGGCAAGAAAACCAAGAAAAAGAAAGGCAAGGCCUGGACAUUGACUGCGCAUUCGAGGGCAUGGUAUUCGACGACAGGAUAUUAUACACUAAGGACGAGACGCCCGAAGAGAUCCAGGGCGCAACUAGCGAAUGUGGUCUACCCUGCAAAGCCCGUACUGCCUCGCUCUCUGCCUCGCUAGCUCCCGUCGCGCUCCAGAAUUCCGGAAUGGUGACAAAAGCGGACCUCGCGGCGAUGAUGAACCGUGCGGGAUCGAGCCCGACGUGGGCGGUGGCGAUGCGCAGAACAUCCAGAGCGGCACGCGAUACACGAGAACGUACCCGACCACGGUACCCUUCAACCUGGCGAUGUUCUCGGACCCUGCGUUCAACCUCGCAAUGGAACAUGCAGCGGCGGCGAAUGGACUUCAUCCACUUGGGGAUGGCGAUGCGCUCUCGCCGGCGAAUCAUGAAUGCCGUGCUGCUGAACGACGUAUGCCAGAAGGGAUACGCAGAGGACAAUGAGGAAGUGCUCGACGAGUUCGAUGUGGUGUAUGAUCACGACGAGGAUGGGCACAUCGCGGCGACGAGGCCCACGAGGGUGCACGAUGAGGCGCCAUCGAGCUGCAUUGAAUCACAGAGCAUGAACUAGCCUACAUAGCUGUCGCGCAAGGCCCUAUGAGCACUAGUAUAGUUGAAUGUGCAAGCAC